GCACCUUCUUGGGGCGACAGGAGACGUUGGUAUAUAAAUCCUGGCUUUCUUACUAGAGACGAGAGCCUUUAUAGUGAUCUUUAUAGUGAUGAAGAAGAUGAGUGGCCUUUGAUUAGUGUGGAAGAGUUGCCUAUGGUACGAGUAGCGUCUAGACUACUUCAAGAAGCCAAAGAAGCCACAAUUCCUACCAAAUUUUCUGAAACAAAUAAACUACAUUUUGAGGACUUACCAAACUUGAGGAGUUUAUCAUCUGGUGAAACUAUCGAACUGCCAUCUUUGGAGCAUGUGAUUGUGAACCACUGCCCCAACUUGAAGAAGUUCGGUUUGGGAACAAUAAAAAGCUCACAACUGAAGUCACUCAUCUUAGACGAUCAAGUUCAAGUUGAAGACAAUAUUGAUACAAAGAUUGCCCAUAUUUUUGAAUUUUUGGAUCCAUUCUCAACAAUUGUUGACUACAUUAUUGGUGAUAGCAAGGAAUUAAGCAAGGCAAUAGAUAACAUUCGACCUUCACAUUUCACCAAUUUGCAAUUGUUAUCAGCAAAAAGCUGUGAUGAAGGGAUAAAUAAGUUUCUAUCUAUUUUGAUAAAGAGAUCAAAGAAACUUGAAAUUAUUGACAUUGAGAAGUGUAAAACAUUAGAACAUUUGUUUGACCUUGAGGAACUUAUGCCUGAUGAGGAUGGACAUGGUAAAUAUUUUCCAAUGAUAAAGAGGUUGUCAUUAACAGAACUACAUCAGCUGGCAUGCAUAUGGAAUAAGGAUCCAACAGGAAUUUUUGUUCUCGAAAAUCUUCAAAUAAUGCACAUCAAAAGGUGGAGUUAA